AGAACUGAGGAGGCGAUGGAGCUGGUCUGGGAACCGAGUCGGUGGGAGCUUCGAAGGGAAAAGGCGGGGCUCCUGGGGGCGGAGCCAUACCUGUGGGCGGGACAUGGAAAGGAGGGCCCUAGGGGCGGAGCUACAAUAGAAAGGGCCAGGAGGUGCUGAGGCGAUGAGGAGCCGAACUCCAAGGGUCGACGCUCGAGAAAGCAGAGGUUUGGGGACAGCAGCCCAGCCUCCAGGCCCACUGAUGGACCCGUUAAUGAAGGGGCCCUGUGGGAGUCAGAUGGCACAAACCAUUCUAUGGAAAGCAAAGUCGUCUCUCUCCUUCGGCAUUCAGCCCCUUCAGACAUGGCCAACGAAAGACCCUGAACUAGAGUCCCAGGUCAACCUCUCUGUCUCGGAAGACCUAGGCUGUAGACGUGGGGAUUUCAGUAGGAAACAUUAUGGAUCUGUGGAGCUGCUUAUUUCCAGUGAUGCUGAUGGAGCCAUCCAAAGGGCUGGAAGAUUCAGAGUGGAAAAUGGCUCUUCAGAUGAGGCUUAAAAGGCAGGACAUAAAAAAGGACACAGAAGAAGACAUAAUGGUUAAGAAUGCAACUGCUUUGCCUGGUACUUGGCGAAGAACAGACGUGCACUUAGAGAACCCGGAAUACCACACCAGAUGGUAUUUCAAAUAUUUUUUGGGACAAGUCCAUCAGAACUACAUUGGAAAUGAUGCAGAGAAGAGCCCUUUCUUCUUGUCCGUGACCCUUUCUGACCAAAAUAAUCAACGUGUUCCUCAAUACCGUGCAAUUCUUUGGAGAAAAACAGGUACCCAGAAAAUAUGCCUUCCCUACAGUCCCACAAAAACUCUUUCUGUGAAGUCCAUCUUAAGUGCCAUGAAUCUGGACAAAUUUGAGAAAGGCCCCAGGGAAAUUUUUCAUCCUGAAAUACAAAAGGACUUGCUGGUUCUUGAAGAACAAGAGGGCUCUGUGAAUUUCAAGUUUGGGGUUCUUUUUGCCAAAGAUGGGCAGCUCACUGAUGAUGAGAUGUUCAGCAAUGAAAUUGGAAGCGAAGCUUUUCAAAAAUUUUUAAAUCUUCUGGGUGACACAAUCACUCUAAAGGGCUGGACGGGCUACCGUGGCGGUCUGGAUACCAAAAAUGAUACCACAGGGAUACAUUCAGUUUAUACUGUGUACCAAGGGCAUGAGAUCAUGUUUCAUGUUUCCACCAUGUUGCCAUAUUCCAAAGAGAACAAGCAGCAGGUGGAAAGGAAACGCCACAUCGGAAACGAUAUCGUCACCAUUGUGUUCCAAGAAGGAGAGGAAUCUUCUCCUGCCUUUAAGCCUUCCAUGAUCCGUUCCCACUUUACACAUAUUUUUGCCUUAGUGAGGUACGAUCAACAAAAUGACAGUUACAGGCUGAAAAUAUUUUCAGAAGAAAGUGUACCACUCUUUGGCCCUCCCUUGCCAACUCCACCAGUGUUUACAGACCACCAGGAAUUCAGGGACUUUUUGCUAGUGAAAUUAAUUAAUGGUGAAAAAGCCACUUUGGAAACCCCAACAUUUGCCCAGAAGCGUCGGCGUACCUUGGAUAUGUUGAUUAGAUCUUUACACCAGGAUUUGAUGCCAGAUUUGCAUAAGAACAUGCUUAAUAGACGAUCUUUUAGUGAUGUCUUACCAGAGUCGCCCAAGUCAGCACGGAAGAAAGAGGAGGCCCGCCAGGCAGAGUUUGUUAGAAUAGGGCAGGCACUAAAACUGAAAUCCAUUGUAAGAGGGGAUGCUCCAUCAAGCUUGGCAGCUUCAGGGAUCUGUAAAAAAGAGCCGUGGGAGCCCCAGUGUUUCUGCAGUAAUUUCCCUCACGAAGCCGUGUGUGCAGAUCCCUGGGGCCAGGCCUUGCUGGUUUCCACUGAUGCUGGCGUCUUGCUAGUGGAUGAUGACCUUCCAUCAGUGUCCGUGUUUGACAGAACUCUGCCAGUGAAGCAGAUGCACGUGCUCGAGACCCUGGACCUUCUGGUUCUCAGAGCAGACAAAGGAAAAGAUGCUCGCCUCUUUGUCUUCAGGCUAAGUGCUCUGCAAAAGGGCCUUGAGGGGAAGCAGACUGGGAAGAGCAGGUCUGACUGCAGAGAAAACAAGUUGGAGAAAACAAAAGGCUGCCACCUGUAUGCUAUUAACACUCACCACAGCAGAGAGCUGAGGAUUGUGGUCGCAAUUCGGAAUAAACUACUUCUGAUCACAAGAAAACACAACAAGCCAAGCGGAGUCAGCAGCACCUCAUUGUUAUCUCCCCUGUCUGAGUCACCUGUUGAAGAAUUCCAGUACAUCAGGGAGAUCUGUCUGUCCGACUCUCCCGUGGUGAUGACCUUAGUGGAUGGGCCAGCUGAAGAGAGUGACAAUCUCAUCUGUGUGGCUUAUCGACACCAGUUUGAUGUGGUGAACGAGAGCACAGGAGAAGCCUUCAGGCUCCACCACGUGGAGGCCAACAGGGUUAAUUUUGUUGCAGCUAUUGAUGUGUACGAAGAUGGAGAAGCUGGUUUGCUGUUGUGUUACAACUACAGUUGCAUCUAUAAAAAGGUUUGCCCCUUUAAUGGUGGCUCUUUUUUGGUUCAACCCUCUGCGUCAGAUUUCCAGUUUUGUUGGAACCAGGCUCCCUGUGCAAUUGUCUGUGCUUUCCCGUAUCUCCUGGCCUUCACCACCGACUCCAUGGAGAUCCGCCUGGUGGUGAACGGGAACCUGGUCCACACCGCAGUCGUGCCACAGCUGCAGCUCGUGGCCUCCAGGUCGGAUAUAUACUUCACAGCAACUGCAGCUGUGAAUGAGGUCUCAUCUGGAGGCAGCUCCAAGGGGGCCAGUGCCGGCAAUUCUCCUCAGACACCCCCGGGCCGAGAUACUCCAGUAUUUCCUUCUUCCCUGGGGGAAGGUGAAAUUCAAUCAAAAAAUCUGUACAAGAUUCCACUUAGAAACCUCGUGGGCAGAAGCAUCGAGCGACCUCUGAAGUCGCCCUUAGUCUCCAAGGUCAUCACCCCACCCACUCCCAUCAGUGUGGGCCUCGCUGCCAUUCCUGUCACGCACUCCUUGUCCCUGUCUCGCAUGGAGAUCAAAGAAAUAGCAAGCAGGACCCGCAGGGAACUACUGGGCCUCUCGGAUGAAGGUGGACCCAAGUCAGAAGGAGCGCCAAAGGCCAAAUCAAAACCCCGGAAGCGGUUAGAAGAAAGCCAAGGAGGCCCCAAGCCAGGGGCAGUGAGGUCAUCUAGCAGUGACAGGAUCCCAUCAGGCUCCUUGGAAAGUGCUUCUACUUCCGAAGCCAACCCUGAGGGGCACUCAGCCAGCUCUGACCAGGACCCUGUUGCAGACAGAGAGGGCAGCCCGGUCUCCAGCAGCAGCCCCUUCCAGCUCACGGCUUUCUCCGAUGAAGACAUUAUUGACUUGAAGUAACAGAGUUCAAAUCUCAUUUGCCAUCUUUAGUUUUCUUAUGGAGAUUUAUACUCUUUAAACAGUUCUGCUGUCAUUUCUCAACAAAAUGUGGCUUUUAGCCUGUCAGUGAUCUGUUGGACCAAACCUUCUGCACACGCGGCCAGUUCCCUCUCCAAUGUCCGGUGCCAUCUUUCCUGACCUUUGUUUCUUUCUCUUCAGGAACCAUCAGUCCCCUUGUAAUAAAGGUGGUAGAUUUCAUUGAGGUUUUAGAUUGAAACUUUGAAUAAAUCAAAAAUAUUCAUUCUUAUU